GGGCGGGGUGUAGUAGAAGUUGCGUGGUCGAGUCAGAGAAGAGUUGUGUUUUAAACUGUACAACACUAUUAAUUAACAGUAAUUUAGUAAAACUGGUUUUAUUCUUUUUAAGGUACAGUAAUCAAGGGUUUAAGUAUUUAUUUCACUUCACUGUGAAGCAUUAUUGUUGAAAGCUGACUUCUCAAAUCCUUCCUUGAAAUGAAAGCGGGCGUGCUCCACUGUCGAUGUGCCAAAUGUUUCUCUCUCCCUGUGCGGAAGCGUGUCCGAAAGCGUGCGCCUGCCGUCACGCUGCUGUCCCUUCCUGAAGAGCUGCUCCUGUGUGUCCUCCAGUGCCUCUCCGCUGAGGAUCUCCUCGCCGUCAGAGCUGUUCAUUCUCAUCUUCGUGACAUUAUCGAUAGUAACUCGAGUGUCUGGGCUAGAGUGAGUUUCAAAGACCGCUGGCCGGCCCCCGAUACCGUUUGGCUCUUUGAGAGGGCUGCGGAGAAAGGGAACUUUGAAGCUGCUGCCAAACUAGGAAUUGCGUAUUUGUACAACGAAGGCCCUUCGCUCAGUGAGGAGGGGCGUGCUGACCUGUGCGGCCGCAUGGCGUCCCGGUACUUCAGCCUGGCCGAGAGCCUGCGCUCCCCGCUGGCCGACCCCUUCACCUGGCUCUUCAUCCGACCGCCGUGGUCCAUGUCUGGCGGCUGCUGUAAGGCUGUGGUGUACGAUCGACUCCACGCCGAGUCUGAGACCAACCCGGGCCGGAGAGGGACGUUACUGUACUGUCUGGCUAGAGUCCUUCAGCUGUUUGAUGAUGAGGAGAAGCGUGACCAGGCCAGGGCCAUGCUGAAGGAGUCUGCGCGCUGUGGGAGCGUGCAGAGCUCGUAUCUGCUGUGGGAAAUGAACCGCGGGACAUCGACGGCUGACCCCGGCAGACAUCUGCAGUGCAUGCGCACACUCAGGGACUACGCUGCUAAAGGAUGCUGGGAAGCUCAGCUGGCAUUCGCCAAGUCCUGUGGCACAGCAAACCCUCUGGGUCUGGAGCCGCGGGCCUGUGCUGACCUCGUGGCCCAGUUCUUCCUCUCGGGACCGUCACCCCUGAGAUACCCACAGCACCUGCAGGGACAGGACAUCACCACGAAGAGGUAUAUCCUCGUGGACUGGCUGGUGGAGGUGACCACCAUGAAGGACUUCUCCAGUCAGGUGCUACACGUGACCAUCGGCUGUGUGGACCGCUAUCUGAGCCGGCGCUCGGUGCCCAAGGCCCAGCUGCAGCUGCUGGGCAUCGCCUGCAUGGUGAUCAGCACACGAUACAUCAGCAGAGAGAUCCUGACCAUCCGCGAGGCCGUGUGGCUCACAGACAACACCUAUCAGUACGAGGACCUGGUGCGCAUGAUGGGGGAGGUCAUCUCCGUGCUGGACGGGAAGAUACGGACCCCCACAGUGCUGGAUUAUGGCGAGGUGCUGCAGUCGCUGAUGCCCGUGGAGCGCCGCACCUCUCAUCUCUUCAGCUACAUCAGUGAACUCUCUCUGCUCUGCUCGCCCCUCGCCGUCCCGGGACCGUCCCGACUCGCCAGCGCCAUCCUGCUGCUCACCAGAGCGCUGCACAACUACGUUCCUGUGUGGCCCGUCCAGCUGGAGGAGAACACGGGUUUCUCCAAGCAUGACCUGGUCUCCUGCGCUUUAUCGCUCUAUGUCAAGUGUUUUGGUCAAGAUGUGCCCAAAGACUACAGACACGUGUCUCUGACCGGAGUCAAGCAGAGGUUCGAGGACGACGCGUAUCAUCAGAUCAGCAGAGACGCAGUGAUGGGCUUUAAGGAGCUGUGUCAGGUGCUGGAGGUCCCAGAGGUGGAGCCGCAGGUGGAGGCCCCCAGCGCUAGCAGUCAGCUCACAGAGAUGCAUGCCUUCCUGUCCUCUCCCUCCAGCAACAGCAAGAGGAGGCGAGCAGACAGCAUGCAGGCGCACCGAGGCAGCUUCCUGGCCACGCCCACAGCCGAACUGUCAUCUCAGGAGGAGACGCUGCUGGGAGACAUCCUGGACUGGAGCCUGGACACCUCCUGCUCCGGCUACGAGGGCGACCGGGAGAGCGAGGGCGAGAAGGAAGGAGAAAUUUCGGCUAUGGAGGUGCAGAUGGAGCCUGUGCUCGAGUGCGCUGACAGACAGACGCAUUGUUGUGCGCUCUCCAGUGAUGACGACAGUCUUUGUGAAGAGCACACUGAGGAGGAGGAGGUGAUGGGUGGGAGCGCCAGACCCUGGAAACACCACCUCUCCUCCUCCUCUUCCUCCUCAUCGAGCACAGACCGCCGCAGCUCGGGCUACUCAUCCAUCCAAAGCGUUCCCAGUCCAUCUGUCUCUAACUCUCUGGUCUCUCCUCCAAAUCCCGCUGGUUUUCUUCUCCUGCUGCCACCUGCGCAAAGGACUCGCCGACAGGUGAAGAGGAAAAACACGGCAGCGCACAGCGGAGGAGAGGCGGAGUGCGACGGGGAUGCUGCCAACGUGGCCUUUCUUAGCCUCUGAUUGAUUGACAGGAAGCUUAACGCAUCGUCGUCCCUUAACGCAUCACUUCCUGGCCAUCCGCCUGGAGCACUUUGUUUCACGGCGUGCUGAUGGUCUUUAUCGCAGAGCAGCGAGAGUGAGAUAAAGUGGCUGAAAUGUCCAUUUCUGAGCUUGUUAUUUCCUCCCAUAAUGCAUUUCACGUCGGCUCCCGAUGGCGGGAGCGCCUUCGCUUGAGUGUUUCUGUUGACAAGCAACGGGAUAAUGCCUAAAAUGUGUUCAAAUCACUGGAACUGUCACUGUUUUGUGUAGGUUGUGUUACGUCUUCGUAUUUAAAAUUCCGUACUGUUUACAGAAAAGGACUUCUAGUUUAUCAAAUGUGUUUUUUUACGAAGUUACAUGCAGCUAGGGAGAAAACGCACUCAGUCCAUGAAGUUUCAUGCUGAUAAAUGCACUGUCCGAACAAAACUGGUUUGUUUACGCAGAUGUUUCUCGUCACGUGUUUUGAUUAUUUAUCUGGAACUUUUUCUGAUCGACUCCAGUGUUUUUGUAUUUCCGCAUUGCUUUGCGUUCGCCACAAAUCUUCUGCCAAAGUUCUCGCAUUAACAAUUUUUAUACUGUUUGUCUGCUUGAUACCACUGAUGUUUUGACCUGUGAAACCUGUGGAAGCUCGUUUCCAACACUGAAUUAAAAAACUGUAACUAUAUCUCGCAAUUCUUUUUUUAAGAUUGCGUGAUAUAAACGUUGCGACAAACUCGCAAUUGUAAGAAAAUGUCAGAAUUUUGAGUGAAAUUGUUUUCCUCAGAUUUUGACUUUAGAACUCGCAAUUGCAAGUUUAUAUUAAUAAGUCAAAAUUGCGUGAUGUAAACUCGCAAUUGUGAGAAAAAAAAUCUGAAUGGUGAAGUUUAUAUCGUAAUUCUGAUUUUAUAACUGACAAUUGCGUAUUUAAUAUAAUUGACAAUUUUAAACUCACAAUUGCACAAUAAAGUCAGAAUUGUUAGAUAUAAACUCGCAAUUAUAAGUAAAAAAUUUUUAAUUGUGAGAUAUGAAUUUAUAUUUUUGAGGAAAAAAAAGACAACUCCGAAUUUAUAUUUCGCAAUUUUGACUUUGUAACUCGCAAUUGCGUAUUUACAGUAUCUGUCACUUCAUAGAAAAAAAAAAAGUAAACUGUGGGAUAAAAAGUUGCAAUUGCCCUUUUUUAUCCCGUGGCGGAAAUGAGCUUCCAAAGAAACCUAGAAAUGUACAGUAAAUCUGUAUGAAUUUCUCACAUAUUUUUACAACCGAUCCAAUGCAACAACCGCUGAAUGUGAUCGUUUGACAUGCUUUUUCAUAAUGACCUCGAGAGAUACCGAGCACUUUUUAUGACCCAAUGCUGGAAAGCAGAUUGAUGCUUCUUAACAAGUCUCAAUGUUUUAUCUUUAUACAUGCUUGAACAAUCAACCAUACGAAUAUGUUUGUGAGUGUUCGACCGAGUUCAUCUGUUUGAGGUUAUGACACUAAAAGCAUUAAGUUAUUAUUAUUGUGCAGGUCUUGUUGGUACUGUAUGUUGAACAUCACUAAGGAUUGCAACUGUAAAUAAUUAAUUCUUGUUUGUAAGUGUAAAUAUAUAAACGUAUGAAGCUGUGAAAGGCCAUGUGAACUUGAAAACAGACGUGUGUUUGUUAUAGCCUGAAAACCACAAUAAAACAAUGCAUUAGUUACA